GGAUGUAUGGUCGCUGUCAGGGCCGAUAAGAGUAUCUGUUCGGCCGAAAGGAUGCCGAUAAAGCCAUUAGCCUCCUGCAUCCUCAAUCUCAAGGGGAAGGAGGUGCGUCGACAGCGCAAUCACACCGACUCUCGUACAUUUGACUUGGACUAUCACCAGCGUAUCCAGUCCUUUAGCCAAUACUAGUGCAAGGAACCGUGGGUCGGAUCCUUGCAAAGCCAGACUGCAUUUCCCGGAACUGCUGCCGAAUGACGGCAAACCUACUGCCCUUUGGCCCUUUUUUCGUUUAUUAUACUUUGGUCUGGAAUGGGCCUUUCUAUAAUGCAAAUGCAAGAUCGAUCGGAUCUAUACUUCAGCAUCGGUAUGUGGUCACAAGAACCCGCUCUGAUUGGCCCUACGAGCCACACCGAGUGGCUGAGGCAAAUAAUCAACGGUGCCGAUGUGGCGGUGAACUAUCAGACCCUUUUCCGGGCUUGUCCUUACUUCCUCGCCCUUCUGACAUGGCAUACCGUCUGACGAGGGCCCAAAUUAUUGUCAGCCACAGCGGUUGCUGGGCGAUCGUAUUGCGUCAACCGAAUCAGGGUUUCCCUGUCAUCCGACUCGUUGGGAUUCAAGCCAAUCUCUCCACACUGUGCAUUCAUUCUCUGCUAUUCCCCUUCCAAGUUGCCUCCAGGAAUUACCACACCCGUGUUACCGAAGAAAAUAGCGCAUCUUGAAUGUGUACACCGCUCAAUACCCGGUUAUUCGAUAUCAAUCUUCGCCAUUUGAGUAAUGACAGCAUUUGUUCUGGAUUUAGGAAUCCGAAACACUUGUGGAACAAUUCACAUGCGGACGCUUAUCACCCCAGUGGAUUUCAUAGAUCUAAUACGAGUACGUC